UUCCAGAGAGACAGGAGGGGGAGUGGCACAGGUACGCUAGAUAUUCUCGCCGGGCAUGAAGAGGGAGGAGGUGAAGGGGAGAAACCUUGAGGACAGCAUGGCAACACAAGCCUUAUAAAGACGGAGGCACACCCUGCCGGCCUCAGUUGAGCUCUCCUCCCAGACAGCAGCAGCAGCACCUUGCCGUAGUCAUGCUCAGCCUCAGACUACCACGAGUCUUCACCAUCAAUCAAGUGCCCAAAGUUUUCCAUGAGGACAGCAUCAUCUCCGGCUACCGACACCCCCGCAGCUCGGCCACUGACUGCAUCCUGAGCCUCUUCCAGCUGACCAAUGAGACGCUCAACAUCUGGACCCACUUUCUGCCCACCUGGUACUUCCUUUGGAAGCUAGUGACAGUGGUGCUGAUUCAGACAGCAUGGCAGGACUCCUUCACCUGGCCUCUGGUGGUCUUCCUGCUGUCCUGCUGCGUUUAUCCGCUGGCAUCGAGCUGCGCUCACACCUUCAGCAGCAUGUCACCCCGGGCACGCCACAUCUGCUUCUUCUUCGACUACGGCGCCCUCAGUCUCUACAGCCUGGGGUCAGCAGUCAGCUACUCAGCUUAUGUUUUCCCGGACAAGUGGGUGGACAGCUUCUUCCACGAGUGCUACAUCCCCAUCGCUGUGCUCAACACUGUCAUCUGCACCGCCGUGGCCUGCUACUCCAGGCUUGGCUUACCAUUUCAGCAAUAUAAUAGUGACAUCGCAAAGAGAUUUCCUGAAUGCCAAAGUCCAAAGUACAGCAAAUAUCUCCGUGUUCUUGCCUUUGCCUACCCCUACCUGUUCGACAACAUUCCUCUGUUCUACCGGGUGUUUCUUUGUGUAGGGGAAGGCUGUACAGACAAUGAUACCAACGUCCUCCACUACAACCACAUCGCCUUGGCUUUCCUCACAGGCUUUCUGUUUGCCACACAUUUACCUGAGCGCCUGGCACCUGGCAGCUUCGACUACAUAGGUCACAGCCAUCAACUCUUCCAUGUGUGCGGCAUCCUCGGCACCCACUUCCAGAUGAAGGCCAUUGAACAGGACAUGGUGACGCGGCGCUCGUGGCUCCUCGAGCGCUCCAUAUCCAUCACCUUUGCCAACUCAGUGGGUGCAGCGAUGCUUUGUGUGGUGGUGAAUUUGAUUAUCAUCCUGCUCUUCAGUCUACCUCUUCUCUUUGCCCCAGUCUACCCAGAAAAGAAAAAUGAUAAAGGUCCAAAGAAAACCUUACCCAAAGUCUGCCCCCACUGCUAAAUCUCUGGCUUCAUAAGUCACAGCUGAGGGAUCCCAGCUGGUCACAAUACAGAGAUAUAAAAAGAGUGUGUUAUGGGUGAUACAGAAACAUUGUAAUGACCACUCCUGAGCUACAAGGAGCUGAAGUAAUGUUGAAGUGAAUCAUAACUUGCAGUCUGCACUGAACUCAUGGUGGUUUUUGGCCUUCAGACAUCACUGUGAUGACUGCUGUUAAAUCUGUGGGUACACUGAAAAUAAGGGCACACAUUGCACUAACAUACAAUGGAAAUUAAACAAAAUGUUUGUUACCAUAAUAUGUAAUGAAUCUAAAUGUUUCUGAGGAAACUUGUUCCUGCAAAAAGCUACGAAUGUAGCGGGUUAGCUACAUGAUGGGACAGUGCUUUAUGUAUUUAUGAAACUAUCUUUUGCUCAAUUCUGAUUUCCACACAUGUGGGGUAUGAAGAGCUGCAGGGAACCAAAAACUGUACAAUUCAAAAUGCUGAUUUCAUGUUCAAUUUGAAAUUGUAGUGCUGCGUUUCGAGAGUGCUUUCACACAGCCUAUUGGAUUGCUCAUGUUCAGUAAAAGCCGUGGGACUGUACAUCACUCACAUCAAACAUGUCAAGACAAAAGAGUUAUAAGGGAAGAAAAAUGUUUUGCUCAUGAGUUUGAGCUGCCUGCGUAAUGGCAAGUUCAGUUACUCUUAAUAUAAGUUAUGCAAUACAGGUGAAACAUUUUCAGAAUCAUGUAUUUCCCUUAAAAGGAUGCUGUUUCUGUUCCGGUUGACCUGUGUGACACAUCACUCCGUUCCCGUGAUGCAAACUGAGUAUUUAUGUACAAUGUUAUUUAUUCUGAUUUUUCAAAUAAAUAUUAACCAAAUCUGCCCACAUGUCAUUCUAAAUCUUAGUAGG